ACAAGAUACAAAGAUAAUGUGAUCUAAAUCUACAGACACUAACGUGUACGGACGACAAGGAUAUGGUAGAAUGAUCCCACAACUGUAGCUUGACGUGAGAACAAAAGAUAUGGAUAAAAAUAUAAUGGAUAAUGACAACAUUGGGACACGCCCACAGACGUCAUCGGGUGACAAUCGGACCGACCAUUCAGAAGUUCACCAGGCACAUGCUCACUUUCCCGCCGAAGUAUCGAGAAAUGCAGCAGCAGAUGAAUUUCCACACAUACCUCCUACUCAUCAGUGCAAACAUGAUAGAGCCAAGCCCAGGUCGGAAUCAGAAUUGAAAGCGAUUUUCAAAUUUUCCCAAACUGACAAUGGAUCGGUCGAUAUUCCUAGUGUUUUGAAACACAUGUGCGGAUAUCUCACUGGACUAGAAUUGGUUAGAAAGCAGUUGCUAAGUCGUGUCAGUCGAAGACACGUCUCGAUGGAAAUACCUUCGACAGACCAUAGUGAACAUCUUGAUGACUUUUCAAGUGAUGGGGAAUUUAUGAGGAUUGGCUCCACUUCGAACGAGUAUCGAGAACGUUUGGAGGACGUGAAAGCAUUUAAAACUGGACACGCUUGCGUGAAACAAACCUAUUUCUGUAACAGGAUCCACGAACACUUUGCUGUCCGAUGUUGUCACGAGGAGAAAACGCUAGCCGAGAUAGUAAAGCGACUUAGACAUAACCCUCCAAGUGACACUGUACAUUUCUGUACAAGCAAUCAGAAAACAUAUUCCGAAUCUUUGAUACAAAGGUGGAAAGUUCUCACUGCAGUCAACAAAACUUUAUCAAAACACAUGGAAAGUUUGAGCUCUAAUUACCCAUGCUUAGCAGAAUAUUCAAACAUUGAACAACAUUUUGGGAAUGAUGGAUAUCUUGAAACGUUGAAUGUCACCGGUGAAAUUCCGAUACCGCAGGAAUGGACAAAGAAAGGAAAAUAUCAUGAUUCACUGGAAACCAGACGAAUAAUUGCACAAACUGAGAAAAGCUGUAAGGCAAUGAACGAAAAGAUAAUGAUGGACAUUGGAAAAAUGAAUGAAGUACGCAAAGAAAACUUUGUCAGGAUGUACAACAGAUGUACUGGACUGGAGAGAAUAGUAAACAAACUUACAGAUAUCAACAACGACAUUAGCAGACUGGAGAGAAUAGUAAACAAACUUACAGAUAUCAACAACGACAUUAGCAGGAACCAGGUUGCUGAAGUGGAUUUCACACAGGAAGAGACCUGGUAUAACAAGUUCAGCUACGUAUACAUCGACAUGUAUGCCAGGAAUACUGAAAAGAAAGUUACGGAAGAUGCAGCACAUGAAUGGGAAUCAUCAAAAAAAGACGAAAGGCCACGGAUGUCGAAGAAUAUUGUCGACGGAUGCAGUGCUUUACAUCAAAAGUAUGGUGAAUUGGUUGGAAUGUUAAGGGCACAAAGAGAAUCAAGAGAGCAUGGUAUCAAAGCACACGUUUCGGAGUUAGAAGCAAUGGUUGUUCAACUACAGAGCAAGAUGGCACAGAUGCAAACAGAGUUCUAUGACAAGGAGUUACGCUGGCAUGAAAAGGACCUUAGGACACAACAACAAAAUGCAAAACUGACUGAACUGCUUGAUCGGGCGACACCAUACGUAAAUCGAGAUUAUGAAGAACAAUUGCGAGAGCAUUGUCAACGACAGAAACAACAAAUUGACAAACUACAAGAAGCCUUAAUGGAGACGAGAAAAACAAUGAAAGACUUGAAGGCGGAGAAAGAAAUCUUACUUACACGAUUAAGUAAACUAGCAGGAAAUAAAUUGGUUCAUGGCAACCCCGCCAUUACAGACCUCAGUGAUUCUAACCGCCCUACAAAGCUAUCAGAGAGGUAUUCCGAGCUGUAUGACAACGAAUGGACGGAUGCGUUAGAAGAAUUAACAGAUGAAACCAGUGUUGUCCAUGGCGUUGAAGGGGUCUUCAUCAGAACCCUCCGGGCUAUUCUCAUUGAGGCAUUCACGUUUUGUUGUGAAACCGAGGCGAGAUAUGAAGAAACGAUCACACAGUCACUGAUAUGUUUGCCAAGUCCGGAUCCAGAGAGUGCCGAACAAGAACAGAAAGACAUCAGGAAAACUCUAACACAAGAACAGAUGACACAAUUUGACGAUCUUAAGAAGACAUGCGUCCCUACGCUGAUAACAGCUGUCGAAUCUAAAUUCCUGUCUUCGAUGGAGAAGCGGUUCACGAAUCUGUUCAAACAACUUGGAGGUCAUAUUAAAAGCGACCAAAAUUUGCCUAGAUCUGGAGAAGGUGAUAGUGAGUCUGCUAACAAACAGGACGAAGCCGCCUCCGAGGGAAACCACAAACGAUUUGAUCUUGGACCCUCACAGACUAUACCAAAUCAGGACACCAUCCAACAAGCCAACACUGCGGAAGAGUCAGAAUACCAGGUCCCAUUCUCAUCACUAGAGAAAACCACAAAGUUCGCUAGAAUCUGCGUCAAUUUGUGUUGGUGGAUGAGGAUCAAGAAGCCCCCGAUGCACAUUGAUGCAGAUAUGGAAGAAGGCAGUGACAUCAACGUGGAUUUCUACAAAAACUACACACAGAGAGGAAAGCGGGUUAAGUAUCAAGUGUGGCCGGCAUUGUUUCUUCACAAAGGUGGCCCAUUGCUCUGUAAAGGCAUUGUUCAGCCGUUUACGGAAGACUAAGAUUGAUAAGUUUUACUUUCGAUACAAAACUUUAUUGUGACCUAAAAUAAACGAAUUCGUGGAAACAAAAUAUAUUCAUAAUGUUAACAUUUUGCAUGCUCUUGAAGACUUAUAUUGUCAUGGACAUGUGCGGAAAUAUAAAGUCAACAUAACCCUCUUCAUAUGGUUGCUGUUAAUAUUCUAGUUUCAGCACUGUUAUCACGUAGCACAUUGCUGGAUAAAAAUCAGUCAUACGAGAAAUUCAUUCUCGUGGGGAGUACGAGUCCACAAGAGGUAUCCAGACACGAGAAAAGUGCACGCGUUGAUACUUGUUGCAGGAGGUUGUUUUGGUAUAACUUUUUCUGUGAGAUGACGGAUACGACUUCUACAAAAAGAUUAUACGAACCGGACAGGUUGACGUGAGCUUCACACAUAAAAAAAUAGUUCGCUAUACCACUGAUAACGAUAGUAUUUUCUUGUAAAAUCACAAUUGUGUUCUGUCACAACGCUAUGACUAAGACAUUAAACCUGCGCCUGAAGAUUGCCGCUCGGCUAACAAAAGUAAAGGAAACCUAAUUGUGUUGACUUGAUGUCAUAUGUACCGGUGAUAUAUAGUACCAUGUGUAAAAUGACUUUAUCAAAAAUUAUCAUUUAUUCGGAAACGUAUACAACGCAUAUAAGUUAAUCUGUAUUAUUUAUGAAAUCGCCAGCGAACAUGUAUUUUGACUCUUGUUCCUAUAUAUUAUUAAUACAGUGCUUUUGAGCAAAUGGAAUAGGUACCUCACAUAAAAUGUAAACAAAAUAUAUUUACACAGCCACGUACAUUCUAGUUUGUCAGGAUCAUUUUGCAGUUACAGCUGUGGUAGCAGUGUAUUUCCCUUCACAUUGCAGUACGAAUAUAACUUGUGAAUGUUACAGGAUAGAGAAUGUAUUAAUGAAAAUGUUCAACAAUCUUUAGAUAAUAUGACAGAAA